CAGACGACUGCGGAGCGCGUAGGUUCUCUCGGGGUCCCCGUCGCUCUGCUCCUCGCGCGAGACUGGUCGGGGAGGCCCUUCGCCUUCUCUUUCCCUUCCCCGGCGGGGGAAAAAAAACACACCCCCGCAGUUGGAGCUCCCAUUUUUUUUCCCAUCGCGGGGUUGAGCCUCGGCUAUAUGUGUGUGUACGCCAGGCGGCCCGGAAGCCCGCGCACCAGAAUCGCCGCAAGAGCACAACAACCCGAAGAACAACAGUCGCCAGAGUUUCGGACCCGCCGCGUGUACUUGUGCGUGUGAAUUUUUUAAAACAUAAAAGCUCGCCCCACCCCUCCGUGCUCGGAUAUAUUUUUUUUUUGUUAGUUCGUGGUCGGUAGUUCCCCGCGACUGUGCUGCGCGCGUGUGAGUGUCGGAGCUGCAGCAGCGAGGGCUCGCCAUGAGGCCGGGCCGCGCGCCGCCGCUCGCCACGUGAUUCGCCGAUGGACCAGGCCGCGAGCCCCGGGCAACGGGUCGACGGCAGCCGCCAGCCCCGGUGAAGCGCGCCGCCCCCCCUGGCGCGGCCAAGUGUGUGCUCGACGGGACUGCGUACUGGUUGUUGUUGUUGCUGUUCGGCGGGGGUGGGCGGUGUGUGUGUGGGGUGUUGUUGACACCCGGCCGGAGGGUGCUCGCAGUGUGUCAGUGCAGCAAGAACGGCGACCCAGCAGCUCGUCCACCUCGGCAGGGCAUUCAUGGCUCAGCCAAGGUACGAUGACGGCAUCCACCCGUACAUGGAGAACCCGCCGCCGCCGCCGUCGAUGUACGACCCGCACGCGGCCCACCGGCCGCUGCAAGGCAUCGCGCACCACUCGCCGCACGUGGGCCACGGCAUGCACCAGUACCACGCGGCGGCCAACCACGUGGCUCCCGUCGCCAACCACGUCAUGGGCUCCGUGCCCGACGUGCACAAGCGCGACAAGGACGCCAUCUACGGGCACCCGCUGUUCCCGCUGCUGGCGCUGAUAUUCGAGAAGUGCGAGCUGGCGACGUGCACGCCUCGGGAGCCUGGCGUGGCGGGCGGCGACGUCUGCUCCUCCGAGUCCUUCAACGAGGACAUCGCCGUCUUCUCCAAGCAGAUCCGGCAGGAGAAGCCGUACUACAUCGCCGACCCCGAAGUCGAUUCGCUUAUGGUGCAAGCGAUUCAAGUACUUCGGUUUCACCUGUUAGAGCUGGAAAAGGUGCACGAGCUGUGCGACAACUUCUGCCACCGGUACAUCAGCUGCCUGAAGGGCAAGAUGCCCAUCGACCUGGUGAUCGACGAGCGGGAGUCGUCCAAGCCGCCCGACCUGGCGGGCUCCACCAACGGCAACGACGGCGGCCGCAGCAACGCCGACUCCGCCUCGCACACGGACGGCGCCAGCACCCCCGACGUGAUGCUGGGGAUGGAUUCCAUCGAUAAGGGCGCAAAUAUCCACCCCCAAAAUUAUUCGCCCCAAGAGUACCAACGUUUGGCGCAACUGCACUAUCUCCACGUAAAGAGUCUCGAGUGGGCAAGCCACAACUAUCACCAGACGGACGAUCAGAGGCCGCCGUCGUCCUCCCUGUCGUACCCCGGCCCCGGCAACGACGACGUGAGGUCGCCCGGGUCUGGGGGCACGCCUGGCCCGCUGUCCCAGCAGCCCGCCUCCCAGCAGAGCGUCGACAACUCGGACCCCGGGAAGUGGUGUCCGCGGAGAGAGUGGCAGAGCCCUGCGGAGGCGCGGGUGGCGAGCGACGCCAGGCGAGGGGUCCUCUACUCGUCCGUCUUCCUCGGCAGCCCCGGCGAGUACAACGGUGACGCGAGUAACGCCAGCAUCGGCAGCGGCGAGGGCACGGGCGAGGAGGACGACGACGCGAGCGGCAAGAAGAACCAGAAGAAGCGGGGCAUCUUCCCGAAGGUCGCCACCAACAUCCUGAGGGCAUGGCUGUUCCAGCACCUGACGCACCCGUACCCUUCUGAAGACCAGAAGAAACAACUAGCACAGGACACGGGCCUGACGAUACUCCAAGUAAACAACUGGUUUAUCAACGCGAGGCGGAGAAUCGUGCAGCCUCUGAUAGACCAGUCGAACAGGGCGGGUGCCAGCGUGUUCUCGCCGCACGCAGGCCCGAGCGGCGCCUACAGCCCGGACGCGGCCUCCAUGGGCUACAUGAUGGACGGCCAGGCGCAGAUGAUGCACCGGCCGCCGGGCGACCCCGGCUUCCACAACGAGUACCACUACCCGCAGUACUACGGCCACCUGUAGUGCAGUUCCUGGCUGUGUGUGGCUGUCGGCGCAUUCAGUCCGUUGUCGGUAAGUUCGUGUUCCGUGCGACGGUGGAAGAUCGUGUUUCUGGAACGGUUGUUCUUCAGUCUUUGUUACCACCAAUCAUUUUUAUAUUUCGUAAGGAACGGCCCUUUCCUCCCGAGAAUUGAAACCGGUAUACGAAGAGACGGAGCGCUACACGGGUCCGCGACACCGACUCUGAAAAUGUAUACUACUACUAUUAUUUUAUUUUGAUGUGAUAACAGUGUAAAAUAAGUAAUUAUGGUGCUGGCACAAAAGAACCACAAGAAAGUGCAGGAUUACCCGUUUUCGAUGGACUGAAAAAGAAAAAAAAACACUUUUAAAAACCUGACACGAUCAAAAAUAAAUAUUACUUCUGCAGUGUUUGUGUGUGAUACAAUGGAAUAAGGACGAGAGUUCAAGUAAUUACGCUCUUGAAGUUCUUGGCGAAGAAUGCAGACGAGAGAAAAGACUUAAUCUUAACGACGUUAAGGCAUGUACAAACAGCCAUCGUAAGAAUGAAUUUUGUCUUGUAAAACAUAUUUCUUAAAAUAAAUAAAAAAUAAAAAAACAUUUUUCUUCAAAAUUGUACAAGAUCGUGAUGAGCAUGUCCACCAAACUCCAGACUUGUUCCUGGGAGAAAGGAAACAUUUCGGUGGCGGGAACUCUCAGUUCGGUGGCCAUCGUCGUGGUCUUCAAACUCAGGCAAAGAGCACGGGGCAGAAGGAAAUGGCGUUAGGGUGUUUCUAACACUAUUUUUAACAUGUUUGUGUUUCAGUCAUCGUAAAAGAUCUCUCCAAAGUGUCAGACUGCACUAAUUCUUGGCAACUUGUUUCAUUUGUGUUAUAAUGGACAAACAUCGCGUAGAAAAAUAUUAUAGGUAUAAUAUUAUACAUAAUGUAUAUUAAUCUUUAAAUAGACUAAAAGUUAAUGUUUCCCCUCCACAACGUUUGCUCUUCUAUUCAAAGAACUUCCCUACGUCCCCUUCGAGUCGAAGAAGAGAUGAAAUAGAAGAGAGACAACAUCAAAAUAUUUGGGGCGUGUGUGUGUGUGUGAUUCUUUGUGCAGUUGUUUUGUUUGUUUUUUGUUUUUUAUUUCCCAGUUGAAAACUAAAGAAAAGAUCGCGGCGAGUCUAUGUUUGUUAUAGAGAUAAACUGGGAAAGUAUUAUUAUAUUAUGAAAUGAUGUAUGUAAAACAAUACAUGGUAGAGUAGACAGUUCUUCCCACCCCAUCCUUCCUUUCCUCCUUCUAGCAGUUCCUCAGUCCCUCUUCAAACUUCGUAUUUACCAGUGUUGUUACUACUACUUUUGAAACAAGUUAAAGCAUUGCUCCUGUGGUCCCUUAAUAAUUCCUCCUUAUUCUGGCAACAAAUUUCCUAGACCAUCCUCUUUAGGAAAAUGUGUAUGAAACAGUUUGUUUUUGUAGAAAUAAAUCACAAAUUUUUUUAAAGAAAGGUUGUGCUGUUGUGAAAGAGGUUCUUAAUUGUUAUAGAACUGUUGUGAUUAUUAUUAUUUUAUCUUGACUCCACCAGUGCGUAUUCCAUUCAAAUAGUAACUGUGAUUUGGACUGUAGGAAAUUAUAUACGUAAAAUGGCAUGAAAAGUCAGGAAAUUGCUGACCUAUCAUGCUCAGAACUAAAUCCUUAUAUUUUAAACCAGAAGGUGCAUUAUCUUUUUUAACUACUGAUUGAGUGUAUCGUUUUGUGUCAACGCCAAAAUAAUAAUCUUAAUCGCAACAUUUUCAAUCAUUAAAAUAAUUUUUUCCGGUGUGUCUUUGAUUAUGUGUUUUUUGCAAUGUAUAUCAAACUAAACAAAACAUGGGUAAUACAUCACAUUGAUAUUAUUUAUAAUUUUUUCGCCAAAUACGUACCAUCCAGAACAAGCCUUGUUAAUAAAAGUAUUAUGUUACAUUUUGGAAGUUGGGGCAUAUCAUUAUUUAGUACUGGCAAACUUAUUAAUUAUGUAAGUUUGUGGAGACACAUAUAUUUCAGUUUUUAUGAAACCUUAUAUAUGUCCUUAUUUUACACCCACUUACAGUAAGAAACUUUUUAACAUCUUGGUAUUAAAUAAGUUUUGUAAAAAAAAUGGCAGCUAACAGAAAAUAUUUUACUCUCGAUAUGGAUGGUGCCGAUGAAACUUAUUUUUCUUUUGUUCAUUAAACUAUUCUGUUUAAGUUCAAUUCAGUUUUACUUCCAUAUCAAGUGAUAUUUGGCAAAGGUAUAUUUUGUCUCUUUGUGUUUCAUAUUGAAAGGGCAAAUGUGGCUGUGCAAACUGUUUUUCCAACAAUAUGUAUUUUGUGAAGCUGGCAAAAUUAUUUAAUUAUUUACAUGUCAUAUUAUUUAAGUGUUUUCUUGGAUCCAGUAAAUUUUGUAAUAUAAUAUAUGUGAAAUGCAUAAUGUGUAUUUACAAAUCUAACAAUUGGCCCACUUAAAAAAAUUUGUACUAGAUCAUGUUAUUUAUUCAACACAAAUUUUGGCUGUUGUAGGAAUACAUAGUUCUGGCACUGGUAGUAAAUAAAAUGUAAGCAAGUUGUCUUCCAGUUUUAUAUGUGGCAUAUGUUGUACGAUUUAAAUGUAUGGACUGUUUUUAUUAUUCCAACAAAUAUGCAUGUUUUUCUACUUAAUUUAACAUCUGUGUUUAAAUUAAAAUAUAUGGCACAUGUGUGAAGUAAUGUUUUACUUAAGGUAAAAAAAAAAUAAUGAAAAAAUUGCAGCAUUUUGCUGGAAAUAAUCAAAUUUUUUAACAUUUGUUAUUGUAAUUGUAUCCAUGUCCCAAGUUAUUUAAAUUUCUCACGCUUUAAAAAAGUUAAAUUCAACAAUAUAAGAGACAAAAUAUACAGUCAAAUAAUUGUGCAGUAAGUAUAUCAAUGAAUAUAUUUUAUAUCUUGUGUAUAUUAUUUUGUAUUCUUUUACAUUAUUGUACUUCUUUAAAUACCUUGUUGUCAAAAUGAAUUACAAUGCACUUAACAGACAUUUUUAUGAUUCAGGUGCACAGCCCCAUAAAGUCUUUGCUUUUGCCCACUGCCUCCAUGUGUGAUAUUAAUAAUCGCCUUAUCAGAUGUAUACGAUGUUUCAUGAUGUUUCAUGACGUUGGGAUGUCUACUAAUUUUUCUCUUUUUCUUCUACUCUGCUUAAUAGUGACAAUGAAAUAUUUUGUGACAACUUUGAAGAGUGUAAGACGUGAUAAUUUGUAUAAAAAACAGGGCGAUAAGGAAGCAAACAUACAAAUAUACCUCCACGAUCAAAAUAACCAUGUAACAGAAUUAUAAUGCUGGUAAGAAGUCAUGUCAUCUGUACACUUUGUUUUACAUGUGAGCAUUAAAUGCUACAUAUUGUGUAAAUGA